UUUACAUAAUUGUGACAAAUUCUUAAUCGAGAGUAGGGCCUCUAUAGAAUUCGGUGGCCGAUCCAUCACCAUCCCCUCCAAUAAUCCCAGUAAAGUCAAGAGCAAAAGGGGAAAAACAUGGCACUGCAAUGUUAUUGAGAGCACCCGAGGCAGCACGGUGUUUUGCAUUUAAUUCGUUGCUCAUCGUAGGCGAAACGUGAACGAGAGUUUAUAUUUUUUUUUGUUCGCUGAUUCUCCGUACAGUUUAUUUUUCACGGUGAACGUACGGACGGUCGAACGAAAACGGUGGUUUUGAACCGAAGACAAGAAGGUGGAAAACAAGAAGAAAGAAAGAGAUAGAGUGGAGAUGUGUUCGAUCAAGACGAGUCAUUGUAAAUGUCAUGUAUUUUGCAACUGGGAAUGAUUUACGAGCCAGCGAGGAGAAGCGCGUCCGUAGGAUUUAUAUAUCGCGACAGUAAUUAACGUCCGAUCUGCAAUCGAGAGACGCUCAGAUUCACGGGCAACCCUUUCUACGAGCUUUUUUUUGGUUUACAAGUUUCGUAAUCAUAUUAUAGAAUUUGUAUACGUGAUUAUUUGCUGUUUAUAAGUCUGUGGGAUUUUGUUGAUCGCGUGGAAGAAUGUCACUAAAGCCUAAACGAGUUGAUUUCACGCGAACAUGGCAGGCAUUACAAGAAACUGUGAAAGGUGUGAUAACGUUAUCGUAUGUUCCACGUACGACAUGGUAUGAUAGAUUCAGUGACGUGUACUCGCUAUGCGUGGCAUAUCCGGAACCGCUUGCCGAUCAGUUGUAUUGCGAAACAAAAAGGUUUUUAGACAAUCAUGUCUUCCAGUUGUUAACGAAAGUUCGCGCCCAAGGUGAAUCUAAUUUACUGCAGGCCUACCAUCAAGCCUGGACAGAAUAUUCAGAGGGCAUUAAUUACUUGCAUCGAUUGUACUUAUAUCUGAACGAACAACACAUUAAAAAGCAAAAGUUUUCCGAGGCAGAGCUGGUCUACGGCAUGUCUUCCGCCACGGUCGUCGAUUGCCAGGAACAGAUGGAGAUCGGGGAGCUAGGUUUAGAUAUUUGGAAAACGAGAAUGAUCACCCCGUUGAGAAAGCAACUGGUGUCUCUACUUUUGGAGAACAUCCAUGCCGACAGGGUCCAUACUGCCACUACAGCGAGUACGGAAGUUAUUCGUGGCGUCAUACAGAGUUUCGUUCGGGUGGAAGAGUACAAAAUUAAGGGUCGAGUAGAUUUGUACCAAGAAAUUUUCGAGACUCCCUUCCUCGAGGCUAGCGGAGAAUUUUAUAUGAGAGAAGCAAACGAGUUGCUUCAACAGUCGGACAUAACGCAUUACAUGGAAACGGUUACAUGGCGGCUUAUCCAGGAAGAACUUCGUGCUCAUAAGUUUCUUCACGCGAGCUCUGUGCCUAAAGUAAGACAAUGCUGCGAGGAGAAAAUGAUAGCAACGCACUUAGAAUUAUUACACACGGAAGGGAAAAGUAUGAUAGAGAAUGAGCGUAGGAGAGACUUAUCGCUCCUCUAUCCCCUGUUAAGGCCAUUAUCUUCGGGUUUACCAGUACUUGUACAGAAAGUAACGCAACACAUCACACAGCAGGGAUUGCAAGCAAUUAGCUCUUUGCAAGGGGAAAACAUACACACGCAAUUCGUUGAAACCAUAUUGGACGUCCACCGAAAAUAUUCGGAAUUGAUCAAAGACGUGUUCAGAGGUGAUCAAGCGUUCGUAACCGCCCUCGACAAGGCAUGCUCGAUCGUCGUGAAUUACACGUCAGUACCGCGGCAACCGCCUAGAGCGCCCGAACUACUGGCUAAAUACUGCGACUCAUUGCUGAAAAAAUCGGCGAUGGCCGGGUCGGAAGGCGAGGUUGAAGAGAAGCUGGCGCAGUGCAUCAUCGUAUUCAAGUACGUCGACGACAAGGACGUUUUCCAGAAGUUCUACGCGCGGAUGCUGGCGAAACGAUUGAUCCACCAACAGUCGCAAUCGAUGGACGCCGAAGAGUCGAUGAUCGACCGUUUGAAGCAGGCGUGCGGCUACGAUUUCACGAACAAGCUGCAUCGUAUGUUUACGGACAUGUCGGUGUCGGCGGACUUGAACGCGAAGUUCGCGAACAGUUUGCGGGAGGGUGACAGGAAGAAUCAGUUAGGGAUCGGUUUCAUGGUGUACGUGUUGCAAGCAGGCGCGUGGCCACUGGGCUUGCCGCCGUCCUCGGGUCCCCUCGAUAUUCCCCAGCAGCUGGAGAAAUCCAUACAGGCGUUUGAGACUUUUUAUCACGCGCAGUUUAACGGGCGGAAGCUGACCUGGCUGCAUCAGCUCUGCCAAGGCGAGCUGAAGUUCAAUUAUCUGAAAAAGCCGUAUUUGGUCACCGUGCAAACAUACCAAAUGGCGUUCUUGUUUCUUUUCGAGCACUGCGACUCGAUACCGUGCAGGGAAGCCGCCGCCUCGUUACACUUAUCGCACGAUCAAUUGGUCAAACACGUGUCGAGCCUCGUUGAUUGUCGAAUCUUAAAGAAAUCGACGGAUGGGGAAUUGAAGGAGGACACGGUGUUGUCGUUGAACUUCGAUUAUUAUAACAAGAGAACCAAGUUUCGUAUUAUCGGGGCGUUGCAACGGGACGUGCCCCACGAGCGGCACGAUGUCGAGAGCACGCAUAGAAGCGUCGACGAAGACAGAAAAUUGUACCUGCAAGCAGCCAUAGUUCGUAUUAUGAAGAGUCGUAAGGUUCUGAGACACAAUCAACUCGUACAAGAGGUACUAGGUCAAUCUAAAGUUACAUUUGCACCAUCAAUCAGCAUGAUCAAAAAAUGUAUCGAGGCCCUUAUAGAUAAGCAGUAUAUCGAACGUACGCCGAACAACGCAGAUGAGUAUUCGUACGUGGCAUAAUUUAAAACGUACCAUUCGACACGAUCAUUAAUUUAUUUCAUUCAGGGUGCUUACACGAUCGUUUCGUGAUAUACCCACGCCGAUUAUUAAUUUUUAAUCUUUAAACCGCCAGCGUUAGCAAAACGUCUUUGAAAAGUCACAAAAAUGUAUCGAGGAUAUAUAAAGUACUCAUCGAUUCUCGAGCUGAUAUUUCGGCUUUCCGGCGGUAUAAAGUUUAACCAAGAUAACACGAUAUAAACGAAAAUUAUCGUAUCGCAUUUCGAAAGUGAACAGGAAAAUCUGUUGUUGAGAAAUUAAUAAACGAAAUAAAACUGAAUCUCUUCCACGUUUGGAAAGACCGAGCAAAGCACCCUGAAAGCGCUUACUUGCUCCUAAAUCAAUCGAUUAAAUAACUUAGUUGAUUCAAUGAAUUGUAAUAUAUGUGCACGGAAUAAACAUGAUGUUACUAUUUUA